AUGAUUUUGUAUAUAUUAAUCGCGGUUAUUCUUCUAAUUUAUUUCUGGUUCAGAAAAAGAUAUUCAUUUUGGAAAGAUCAUGGAUUUCAAUAUUUGGAACCAUCGAUUCCUUUAGGUAGCAUGGGUGGUGUUGGAUUUAAAGAGCAUUUAAGUGAAUUCAUGAAGCGACAAUAUGACUACUUUAAAAAUAAGGCACCAGCAUUUGGAAUAUUUUUUGUUGCAAAUCCAGUCCUUAUAUUGACAGAUCUUGAUCUUAUUAAAGAUGUCACGACACGACAUUUUGAAAGUUUUCACGAAAGAGAAUUUUACAUUAAUGAAAAGGCGGAUCCUCUGUGGAAGAAUUUAUUCACAGCUGGUGGACAAGAAUGGAAGGAUUUAAGAACAAAACUUAGUCCGACAUUUACUAGUGGACGAAUUAAAAUGAUGUUUCCAAUUGUGGCAGAAGCAGCUGAUCGAAUGGUUGAAUACCUUAAGCCGCAGCGAAUGUUAAAUGAAGGCUUAGAAAUGAAAGAAGUUUAUGCAGCUUUUACGACCGAAGUGAUAGCAAAUGUUGCAUUUGGAUUAGACAUAAAAUGUCUUGGACAUCCUGAAAACGAGUUCAGAAAGAUUGCAAAGUAUAUCUUCGACCCUCCACCGUGGGUCAAUUUUAAAAAUUUUAUGAUUUUUUCGGUACCAAAAAUAGCAAAGUUUUUCAACAUGACUUUAAAUCCACAGUUUGUCACUGAUUUUUUCAUGAACACAGUCCGUGAUAAUAUGGAAUAUAGAGAGAAAAAUAAUAUUCGUAGAAAUGAUUUCUUCCAAUUGCUCCUUGACAUCAAGAACAGUGGCGAAGGAAUAACAUCCAAUGAAAUUGCAGCAAAUAGCUUCAUAUUCUUCUCUGCUGGAUUCGAAACGAGCUCAAGUGCCAUGACAUUCUGUACGUACGAGUUAGCACUUAACCAAGAUAUUCAAGAUCGUUUAAGAAAUGAAAUUGAAGAUGUUCUAGAAAAUUAUAAUGGAGAAGUAACUUAUGAUGCAAUCGCAGAAAUGAAGUAUUUAGACAUGGUUCUGAAUGAAACUUUGAGAAGAUACCCAAUCAUUGACUCACAUCUAAGAAAGUGUGUAAAGGAAUUUAAGAUUCCAAAUACCAAUCUAGUAAUUCCAGCUGGAGUUGGAAUUUUGAUUCCAGUUGUUGGAAUUCACAAUGAUGAAAAAUAUUACGAAAAUCCUGAGAAAUUCGAUCCAGAGAGAUUCAAUGAAGAAAAUGCAAAAAAUCGAGUUCCAUAUUCGUACAUGCCUUUUUCUGAGGGUCCCCGUAUUUGCAUUGGCUUGAGAUUCGGAACAAUGCAAGCUAAAAUUGGACUAGUUAAACUUUUGAGAAAUUUUAGAAUUUUUCCAAGCGACAAAACCUUAAUCCCAAUGAAAUAUUCUCCAUCAUCUGGCUUUCAAGCUCCAUUGGGUGGAAUGUGGCUUAAACUACAGAGUAUUAACUAA